AUGAAAGAGAUCGACUUGGAGAAACAUUCAGGUGCACAAAGCAGCGUACAAGAAGAGGUGUUCAUCCACAGAAUGGUGAACCAUCUGAACAUCGUCCGGUUUUACGGACAUCGCCACGAAGGAAACCUCAAGUACAUCUUCCUUGAGUCUCUGUCAGGAGGAGACCUCUUUGACUGCAUAACUGAACCUGAUCGUGGCAUAACAAACUCAGCAGGUCAGAGAUAUUUCAAUGAGAUACUUUCAGGAGUGGAGUACCUUCAUAGCCAUGGCAUUGUACAUCGUGGCCUGAAGCCGGAAAAUAUUCUGCUGGAUGAAUACGAUAACCUAAAUAUUUGUGACUUUGGAUUGGCCACUAUAUUCCGGGGGAAAGGAAUGGUAACAGGCAAAGUUCUUGCCACAGCAUAUCCUGAAAAUGUGAUUUACUGUUUAAAUACCAAAGCUAACUUGACCCAAUAUGCAAAUACUGCAACUAAAGAUAAGAUUAAUACCAAAGAGAUUAAUGAUACAUUUAGGCAAGAGAUGUACGUAGAAUUUCUGGAAGAAGAAAUCAUAAACAAAAAAGAGAUUCUUCCAGAGUUGUCAAGUUUCUACCUCAACCCACAAGAUGAAACAAUGAUUCCACAAGAACAAAACCCUGAAGAAGAAAAAACACAAGUAGAAACUGAAGGAAAUGAAGUUCCAUUAGAGCCGAACGGCUUAGAACAAUUACCAGGAAAUUUGGAAGAAAGACGAUAUCCACUUCGGAACAGGAAACAGAAAGAAUUUGCAGAAUUUAUUACCUACUCAGCCAUGCAUAAAGAUGAGUCAGAACCAGUCACAUAUGAAGAGGCACUGUCAUGCUCUGAUAAAUCUAAAUGGAAAGAAGCUAUUCAAUAG